CUUGAGCGAUUCUAUCCCGGAUUCUAUGAUUUUUACUUCUGAAGACUUCACAUCAUUAAUUUUCUUUUUAUAGGGCCGUAUAACUGAUGGUAAAGGAAAGACGAUUGUGUGUAAAAAUGCCAUAUUUGUUAUGAUAUCAAAUUUAGCUAGUGAAGAAAUUGCAGAGCAUGCUUUAGAACUGAGAAAUGAGCAACGUCAAAAUAAAAUAAUUGAAGAUAGUCGGUUAUCGGAUAAAAAAAUUGAAAAACAUGAAGAGGUUGUAACAUUUAUCUCCAAAAAAUUCAAAGAUCAAAUUGUAAAACCUAUUUUAAAAAAACACUUUAAACGAGAUGAAUUUUUGGGUCAUAUUAAUGAAGUGGUGUACUUUCUACCAUUUUCAGAAAUGGAAUUGAAAUUUAUCGUUCAAAGAGAAUUGCAAUAUUGGCAAGAGUUGGUAUGUUGUAAACCCUCUAAUAUUUCUGAUGAUUAAUGGAAUUAAAAUAAUUAAUAUGGUAGUAUUCAGUAUUUGGUCUAAUAAUAAGCAGUUUGAACCAUCCCCGUUUUUAUGCAAGGAUUGUUCUUUAAUCUAAACUAUGAACUAUUCCAUACAAUUGUUAAAAUUAGUUUUUAGUAAAUUAUAGAAAAUAAUAAUUUGGUAGAAAACAAUAUUCGAUAUAUUUCUACUUACCGGGCACCCUUUUUUUUGCAAUUUUUUUUUUUGAAACUUAUGUAGUGAAGUACGCUGAAAACGAUGGUAAAGUCAGAAUUUGGCGCACAAACUUAGUUUUGAAGUUAUGGCCUAAUGAAGUUCACUAUUUCGUGAUUUUUACGCAUUCACGCAUCACAAUAGUUUACUACGACAAUUUCGAAUAUUGAUAUUUUUUUUCGAUGAGUGACGUAAAACGUACCUGUGACUUACUUGAAGUGGUGUUGCAUAUCCAGUCAAGGGAUAUUUUAGAUUUACGAAGCAAAGCUACAGUACUGAGCAGCGUAGGGACGAGGGCUACAAAACGU